GUCCUGACCCAGUAGGUGGGUAAUCUUUAACUUAACCAAGUGUGGGAGCAGCUGACCAGAGCUGGGGCCGUCCCCACACCCUGCCAAGGAGAAAGGGGCAUUUCUGCUCUCCUACUCUGAGCCUAGAAGAGGUCAGCCUCGAAACAUUUGCCUUCAGCAACAUAUCAUAGACGUGAGAUACAUUUUCCACCCCCCCUUUUUGCAUUGAUGGCAAAGAAGAGAAAGCAAAACCAAAACAGAAAACUACACUAACAAGAAUUUGGAUACAGAUGAAAAAAAGCAGUCAGUUGCAGGUCCUUCUAGAACUCCCCAAGUAGAGUGGCUAUGUAUGGGGAAAACAAAUGUCUGCUGUUUGAGUUGGACAUCGGACUCUACAGUUUAGACCGCUCCAGCUUGUUACCUGGCAACGCUGCUGAACCGAGACACUUGGCAUUCCCCUUGAGGACAAGGAAAGAAUUUUUUUUGGCUAAAAAGAUCCUGUGUCUUUGCUCUCCGGUCAUUUCCACACGUGUCUCUAUAACUUUCAGCGCUCAGUGACUGCUGCUGAUGCUGACAAGAGGAUCAAGGUGGCGAAGCCAUUGGUGGAGAUGGACGGCGAUGAGAUGACCCGCAUCAUCUGGCAGUUCAUCAAGGAGAAGCUCAUUCUGCCCCAUGUGGAUGUCCAGCUCAAGUACUUCGACCUUGGGCUCCCACAUCGUGACCAAACCAAUGACCAGGUCACCAUUGACUCUGCACUGGCCACCCAGAAGUACAGCGUGGCUGUCAAGUGUGCCACCAUCACACCCGAUGAGGCCCGUGUAGAAGAGUUCAAGUUAAAGAAGAUGUGGAAGAGUCCCAACGGGACCAUCCGCAACAUCCUUGGGGGCACGGUCUUCCGAGAGCCCAUCAUCUGCAAAAACAUCCCGCGCCUGGUCCCGGGCUGGACCAAGCCCAUCACCAUUGGCAGGCACGCACACGGUGACCAGUACAAGGCCACCGACUUCGUAGUGGACCGUGCUGGCACGUUCAAGAUGGUCUUCAACCCGAAGGAUGGCAGCGGGGCCAAGGAGUGGGAGGUGUACAACUUCCCCGCAGGCGGCGUGGGCAUGGGCAUGUACAACACUGAUGAGUCUAUCUCAGGUUUUGCGCACAGCUGCUUCCAGUACGCCAUCCAGAAGAAGUGGCCGCUGUACAUGAGCACCAAGAACACCAUUCUGAAGGCCUACGAUGGGCGCUUCAAGGACAUCUUCCAGGAGAUCUUUGACAAGCACUACAAGACGGACUUUGACAAGCAUAAGAUCUGGUAUGAGCACCGGCUCAUUGAUGACAUGGUGGCCCAGGUCCUCAAGUCCUCUGGUGGCUUUGUGUGGGCCUGCAAGAACUACGACGGAGACGUGCAGUCGGACAUCCUGGCACAGGGCUUUGGCUCCCUUGGCUUGAUGACAUCUGUGCUGGUCUGCCCGGAUGGGAAGACCAUCGAGGCAGAGGCUGCUCACGGGACCGUCACUCGCCACUAUCGAGAGCACCAGAAGGGCCGGCCUACCAGCACCAACCCAAUUGCCAGCAUCUUUGCGUGGACACGUGGCCUGGAGCACCGGGGGAAGCUGGAUGGGAACCAGGACCUCAUCCGGUUUGCGCAGACACUGGAGAAAGUGUGUGUGGAGACCGUGGAGAGUGGAGCUAUGACCAAGGACCUGGCAGGCUGCAUUCAUGGCCUGAGCAAUGUGAAACUGAACGAGCACUUCCUGAACACCACAGACUUUCUGGACACCAUAAAGAGCAACCUGGACAGAGCGCUGGGCAAGCAGUAGGGAGGCACUGCCAGCCUCAAGUGCCCCUGGCAGGGCGAGUGACCAUGGCUCCCAUGGUCAUGCAACUUGGGUGAGAUUCACAGCCCUCUCUGGAAGUCUGUCCAGGGGACAUUUUUUAUAAGUGAGAUGUUUUUAAGAGAAUUGCGUGUUUCCCCUCUUGGUGGCGUGGGGCAGGAAGUGUGCUUUACCUCAGCAGCCAAUGUGUCCUGCACACUGUAAUUUAUAUUGCCCUUGGAACACAUGGUGCCAUAUUUAGCUACUAAAAAGCUCUCCACAAAA